AUGGAAGCCGAUAGACAAGUAUUUGUCAAGUUUGUAGAUGGAAUCAAAGAAGCACUACAACAGGAAGACUAUGCUGUCGAAAAUGCUCUUCGAAUCAUAAUUAAACAAGAAGAAACAAAAAAAAUAAAAAUAAUAUUAUUAGAUAGAAAAAAUCGAGAUAUUUUGGUAAAAACAGAUGUUCAUGUUGACACCACCACCACCUGUACACAUGCGUCUCAACUUCAAUAG